GGUAUGUAUCUAUAUUGUUGCAUUCGGUUUCACUAUCUAUCAUCACGUUGGAUUCAGUAGCGAAAUAUUCUGAUGGCUUCUUCAAUACUAAUAGUAAUUUGAUCUGGUAGACUAUAAUGGAACAAAUCGAAACAGCUGGCGGUUCAGAGGCAAUUUUUGAAUUGAUCAAUAUUAUACGACAAGAUCCAAGCAUUUGGGAUCGUGCAUCCACUACAUACAUUACUCACUUCGAUUUGAAAAUUCAUCGAUUUGCUGAAAUUGCGGAACAACUGAAUUUGGAAGCUGUAACGGCUGAAGUCGUAGCAUCAGCAUGGCGCGAAUUGAGCGAGAAGUAUCGUCGACGAUUAUAUGAUGGUAAACGUCGGAACGGUGCAACAAAUUGGCCGUAUUUUGAAGCGAUGAGCUUUUUACGAGAUCAGUAUGAGCAAACCAAGUGGUAUCGACCAUUAUCGGUACCACGACCCAAUCAGUUGCCGUCAUCAAAUGUUGCACAUCUGGUGGAUACAUUCUUAACUGCACAAGCUGUUCUUGAUGCUGAACAAACAAUCUCAAAAGCCGUUGAACCAAUGCUUCCUAUUAAUUUAUCAGAUUCUCUACAGCAAAAAGGGGAUGCAGUAUUGGCUGUACCGGUUGGAAAUGGCGAUGAACGAAAAGCGGAGUUCACAACGAAAUACGAAUUGGUUGAUCCCACAUUUCACUCUUUUACAACCACUGAUCAAAAUGAACUGAGCGGAAACGUUGACGUGGAUAACAUUGCCAUAGCUUCCGCUGCUGACAGUACAAAAUCACCGGAAAAUUAUGAUGAAAAGCAACCGAUAUCACCAACAGCAUCCGUUGAUGGCUUACCGCAAAGUAGUAACAAUAGCAAUGCUGAACAACCAACACCUGUUCUUAAGACGCGCGUACGAACACAACGUUACGAAGCAUACAGAACCCCUCGUAGAAUAUGGAAACAGCAGAAACAAUCGGCAUUGCAUCAUAGUCAUGGCAUCAUUAACAACGCUUUUUCUGGUGUUCCGACGGGCGAGACAGUUGCAGAGAUUUUGCGAUCUGUGCGAGUUACCUCAGAUGGGUUACCACCAUACAGCUUAAAUCCGAAUCCGCAUCAGCAUUUGCAGCAGCAGCAACAGCAGCAGCACUUUUCAUCUCCUCCGUUAUGCGACAGUUCUUCAAGAUGGGAGAAUGUUGGUCGAGUGUGGGUAGAUAUGAUGAAAACGAUACGAUCACCUCAGCUAGCAUUAGCAGCACACAAAUAUAUCAUGAACACGUUGUUUUCCGUUCUAGAAGCUGAUCAACAGCUUGCUGGUACCGACCCAAGUGUAACCCGUAUCCGUAUUAAGGAUAGUGCUCCACAAAUCGAAAUUACCAUGCAUCAAUGAUAUUUUGAUUUUCUAAAUUCUCUUUUUAAUAGAUAUAUUCUCGAAUUGAGUACACGUCUAUAUUGCUUAACGUUUGCAUGGUUUUAGUGAUAGCAUAAUCUCUGCUUGUUUUUUUUUUUUUU